CAGUGGGGCGUGGAGGGAAAAGGGGGAAGUGGGACCCUCAAAUUGAUGUGGAGAUGGUGCUGGCGACUGAAGAGUUAUGGGAAAGGGGGAGGAAAGUAUGGAGAAAGGUGGAAAAGAGGAAGUGGGACCGCGGGAAGAAGGGUCCUACAAGGGUUGGCUUGUGGGACACAAGGGGUGCAGUGUGGGGAUCUGGGGUGGCCCUCUGAGCUCUUGGCUUGCUGUGGAGUGCUGGGGGCUGCUGGUGGGGCACCCCUUGACCUGUCUUAUGCACACACAGGUGUGUUCCAGGAAAUGGUUAAGUCCGAGUGUCAAUUUAUUAAUAGCACCGACCGGGUGAAGUUUGUGAAGAGGUUUAUCUACAACCGGGAGCAGUACAUGCACUUCGACAGCGACGUAGGGCUGUACAUGGGGGACACCCCAUAUGGGGAGAAGGUUGCCAGGUACUGGAACAGCGACCCAGAAUGGAUGGAGUAUAGACGGGAUGCGGUGGACAGGCACUGCCGGCACAACUACGAGCUGUCGAGCCCGUUCCUCGUGGAGCGCAGAGUGGCCCCCAGCGUUUGCAUCUCGAUGGUGCCCUCGAGCUCCCAACCUGGCCCUGGCCGCCUGCUCUGCUCCGUGAUGGAUUUCUACCCUGCCCAGAUCCAGGUGAGGUGGUUCCAGGGCCAGCAGGAGCUCUCAGGGCACGUGGUGGCCACCACUGUGGUCCCCAACGGGGACUGGACCUACCAGCUCCUGGUGCUGCUGGAAACCCCCCUGCGGCAUGGAGUCAGAUAUACCUGCCAGGUGGAGCACGUCAGCCUGGAGCAGCCUCUGAGCCAGCACUGGGAGAUGCCGCUGGACACUGCCCGCAGCAAGAUGCUGACAGGGAUCGGUGGCUUCGUGUUGGGCUUCGUCUUCCUGGCGCUGGGGCUCAGCUUCUACCUGAGCAAGAAGAGCUCCUGAGCUGCUGGCGGCUGCAGCCCUCCCUGUGGCCUCAGGCCUGGCCCCGGGACCCCUCGCUCUGUCCCCAUGCUGAUUUUGGGGGCUCGUGUGUCCCCCCAGCCCCACUGUCACUCUGCCCCUGCCCAGCUGCUCACAGUGUCCCAAUAAAGCUUCCCAGUUCUCCCCGGUGCCAUUUAUUGGG